AUGAAUAAUAGCCCUCCUUAUCCAUCCCAACUCCGCGAGGAAAGUGAAAGGCACAAUUUAUUUCUAAAGAUAACUUGUGCUUUCUUCAUUGAUUAUUAUAGCCAUGGAAAGCUUCUGGAUGAGGAAAUGCAACACUUCAAGAGAAUCAAACAUUUCACCGAUUUGGUCAGACAAUUCCUGUGUCCAAACAGAGGGUAUCCCAUUCAUGCUGGCAAUAUGAGCUGUCUCUACACUGCAAAGCAACUGGAUGGUUCAGGGGUGAACUUCGUGCCGCUCCCCGAAUUCAAGGUAGAAGACGAUACUAAAUGCGUCAUGAGAAACAUUAUGGCGUUGGAGCAGUGUGUUUAUCCAUUCGUGACUUAUAUCUGCAAUUAUGUUUCUUUUUUGGAUCAACUAAUCAACACAACUGAAGAUGUAGAAUUGCUGGUUGAGAAGAAAGUGGUUCAUAACUUGCUUGGUAGCAACGUUGCAGUAGCAGAUUUGAUUAACAAGCUUUGCGACCAGAUUGUCGAAACAAGUUUCUGCUAUGGUGGUAUAUGCCAAGUGCUUAAUGAGCAUUAUUAUAAUUUUUGGAACGUUACCAAGGCAACUCUUAAGAGCGUUUACUUCAAGGAUCUUUGGACAAGUAGUUCUAGUAUUGUUGCACUUUUUGUACUUUUGUUCUCAGUUGUUUCAGUCAUUGCAAGCAUCAAGGAUAUGUCUUCGAAUUAA